AUGCAACAAUCAAAAUUCGUGGUAGUCGAAGUGACUACCACGACCUCCACCAUGACCUUGAUACAGUAUCUGAUCACCAAUGGUUUUGAUAAAUUCGCAGUCUUAUCAGACCUAUCGGAUCAUCCCUCGCUCAAAUACAAAGUAACCUCACCAGCCAGUGCCAGUUCACAACAGAAUACCAAUGGCAAUGAACGACAUUCAAAUACCGUAUCCAGUGAACGUAAUGGCAAACCAAAGGUGUCCAUAAAUGAAAUCGCUUCAGCUCUUUCAAGAAAAUCAUCGCCAUCACAAUCGAAAAAUGGAUAUUGCGUGAGUUCUGUGUGUAUAUGUGCCUGUCUAUCUGUCUCAUUAUCACGAAUACUUGAAGAUCAAACUCGAAAGCGGGAGCACGAGCGACGGGAGCAAGAGCGACAACAACAGGAGAUCCAACGAAUUAUCCUUGCCCAGGCUGCUUGCCAACCGAUAUCACCCGAACUCGACGACGUUGGCAUACUUGAUUCCUCAACAGUGAACAUAUCCGGGAGCGAUGGGAACGGUGCUCAAGAUACCGAUCAUGGGGCCGAUUCUAGUGAUGGCGGACUUGGCCCAUCUGAUGAGCAAGUCCGUGCAUCUAUGAUUCAUCUGCUGAAUCCUGUGCUAGGAAGCGCUUUUGGGAGUUCACUCAUCGAAGAGGGAGGAAAUGCCAAACGCAAAGGCGAUGAGACUGCCAGUGGUGGAGCAUCAAAGAAGCAUCGUUGGAUGACUGUGGACGAAUUAGAAGAAAGCCGUUUUGGCAGAAGUAAAAGCUAUGGACGGGUGCACUGCAAAGCUACCUACAAAUGUGCUUUAUGUGGAAAGCCGACAACGCUCAAUUCAACCGGAUCUCGAUGGAAUCUCCUUCGACACGUCAUAAUGAUCCAUUCGGAUUCGAAGCCAUAUCAAUGUUGGGAUUGCGAUUUUAUUGGAAUCAAAAGCAACGUCAUUUCACAUGCCCGUCAAACAAAUCAUCGUAGUGAUGAUGCACAUGAUAUAACGACAGAUCUAAUGCGAAGUGAAUGGAACACAAUGCUUCAUCAAUGCUUUCCUGAUUACGUAAAAGCAAAAUCUCGUGGAUGGCAAGCCAGCCACGAUGACGCCGACGGUGACGCCGUUGUCGCGGCGGCUAUCGACUCGCCUGAGAUUAAAUCCGAACUAUAA